AUGUUGGUCAAAGAGUUUAUUAUGAACAUCUCCAAAGAGCGUGACAACAAAAGAAGCAAAGAAUUCAGAAAAGUGUAUGUCAGAGGUACAUGUGUGGAUAUUUCUCCUGAAAUAAUCAACAGGUUCUUGGGAAGAAAUGAAGAAGAACAAGCUGAAAUUGAAGUCUCAGACAAUGUCAUCUACAAAGAGAUCACUGCUAAGCAAGUAAAAGAAUGGCCAAGGAAAGGAAAAUUGUUUGCUAGUACCUUGGGUGUCAAGUAUGUUGUUCUCCACAAAAUUGGAGGUGCUAAUUGGGUGCCUACCAAUCACACCUCCAAUAUAGCUAUUGCGCUAGGUAAGUUCAUCUACAUUGUUGGGACCAAGUCAAAUUUUGAUUUUGGGGCUUAUGUUUUUUAUCAUACUAUGAAACAUGUUGCAUCUUAUGCUGUAAAAAUGGUAAUAGCUUUUCCAUCUUUGAUUUAUAGAGUUAUCUUGAGUCAACACCCUAGCAUAUUGAUCAAUUCUGAGAGUACUUGCAAAAGGGACCCUCCUCUCUCAUUGCAUUAUAGUUUGUUCACUGGGAAACAUGUCCCAGAUAUUGUCAUGACAUCUGGUCAUACUUCUUCAAGGUCCAUUGACAGAACAAGCAUCCUUACUAAGAUGAAAGACACUUGCAAGACCUUGGAUGAGACUAUAAAGAACUGUGGUGAGAAAGCUGAUGGAACUGGUGAGGAAGAGGAUAAUAAAGACAAAACUAUUACUAGUGAUGAGGAAGAGACUAGCAGUGAUGAAGAUUAA